UCGUCUUGUGCUUUCGGUUAGACGGUUUCUCCUCUUGAAAUAUUUUCUCUUUUAGAUUUCUAGGAAUUCAACGAGGCAGUUAGGUCAACUCCCUUGUAUCCAGAAGCACGCCACGAUAACCCUUCAUGGCUAAGUUUCCUUCCCUCUGCAAUCUUUUAUCCUUUCUGCGUCGGCUCGACCCUUCUUCCUUGUUCAGGAUCCUUUCCGCUAUUGAAUCGUUCGCGGAGGAGAUAGUCCGUCUCCGACUUCACUUGACCAUUAUAAUGGGGCAGAGUCUGGGUUCCGCCAGCCCAAAACAAUCCAAAGACGAGCUCUUGUUUCAGUUUGUUCUCGCCGGUAACGUCGAGGGCGCCAGAGCUCUAUAUGGACAUGGGGCUAAUCUUGAGUGUACUGACAAAGAAGGAAAUACCCCUCUCAUUGUUGCUUGUAAGGAUUCUGCAUUGUUCUAUGUUGCCAAGGCUUUGAUUGAUCUGGGAGCCAACGUUAAUGCUUAUGGACCUGGUCGAUAUGGUGGUACGCCUUUGCAUCAUGCUGCCAGCAGAGGGCUGGAACAGACUGUGCAGCUUCUUCUGUUGAGUGGAGGUGUUUCUUGUGUACUUCUAUGAUGUUUAAGUCGUUUUUUCCAUGGCGUGUUAAGUUGUGUGCAAUGCUCCUGUUUUUGUUGCUCAAGCCAUCAUACUGAAUUUUGGUUGCCUGGUAAAUGUUCUAGGGAAUGCGUUGUUGAGAAAUGAUGAUGGCCAGACUGCACUUGAUAUGGCUAGAACAAACCAGAAAACAGUUGUAGUCCGUGCAAUUGAGCAUCAUAUCUGCCUUUUCUCUGGUUGGUUGCGAGAGUUUCAUGGUCCAGCAUUUCUGAGAUCAUUUUCUCUUCAGUUGUUGGCAACAAAAGUCUGGGCAGUUGUUCUGCCUUAUAGCACUAGAGAUCCUACAAAUGCCAGAUUGCAGCUUGUGUUAUAUUCCAAUCAGCAGGAUGCCAAACCUUACACUGUAAUUCCUCUUUGGAAUGCCAAAAUUGAAGAACCUAAAUUUGACAAUCCGGAUGCAGGAAUGACUAUAUUCGACCCAUCCUCAAAUUCUCGGCACCAAUUGGCACCUUUCAAGCAGGGCGACAAGGACCAGCUUCGCUGCUUAUACGAUGCAUGCAGAAGAAAUGGUAUCACACAGGUUGGGCCUACACCAAGGCAUCAGCAUAUGGAACAUGUCAUCCCAGAUACCGGAUAUGAAGAUCCUGAAGAAGCUCUACAAUUGGCAAUGGCACUGAGUGCAUCCAUCCAAUCUGCCAUGGAGGACAGGCAACAGCCCCCAAAUAGCCACGACUAUGGUUCUGGAGCUAUUGAUACCAACGGUUGGGGAGAUGCACCACAUGCCGAGAGUCACAAUGGAUGGGGGGCCCCUGUAGGAUCUCCACUCUCAGAAGCUAGCAGCAGCGGGCAGGUGCCCGAGAAGGCAGCAAAAGAGAAAUACAAUGGCUGGGAUGUUCCCAGCACUAGGCCUACUGCUGGCAGUCAAGCUCAUUCCCAAAUGCAACAUAAUAGCCUCCCAGUGAACCAAGUUGUAGCUGUUGCGUCCACCACAGCUCCAUCUGCUCCUCCAGUUCCCACGGAAGCAACCAUGGAUGAAGAAGGCCCUAUCCACUAUCCAUCCAUCGACCUUGGUCCAUUGGAUCUCUCUGUUCCAGCCACCGAGCAGGGGGUUUCGUCUGCAACAAGCAACUCAAAGGAUGAAGGUAGUGCCUCUUCUUCUUCUGCUUCCUCCGUUUGCAUAAUCUGUUGGGACGCUCCAGUACAGGGUGCAUGCGUCCCUUGUGGUCACAUGGCAGGCUGUAUGGAAUGUUUGAGCGACAUCAAAGGCAAGAAAGGUACUUGUCCAGUUUGCCGGGCUAAGUUGACUCAAGUUAUAAAGCUGUAUUCAGUUUGAAACCGAUCUUCAACAAAUGGGUUUUGCUUAUUGACCAUUUGAAUUAGUUAGUACGCCCAAGAUUUUGGCACCCAAAAUGAAACGAUGGAUGGCCAGUCUAGGCGUGAGGGGAACAUGUUGAACUGAAACGACCUGAUGGUGAAAAACAAAAUGUAGGCUCACCCAUUGUGGUGUUUUUCAUUUUCCCAUUGCAGGUUGUAAGUAAUGUCUUCACUAUUCUAUGUACGUAUACCCUUUACCCUUUUCCAUAUUAGAUAGGGGUCGUUUGGAGAAAUACAAAAAUCUAGACUUAAAUAUUUAAUAGAAAUUUAUGCUUUUUUUUUCCUUUUUGUAUAAUGGAUUUUAACUCUAGAG